GCUAAAAUGAAGCCGGUGGCAGCUCUCAGGCUUCUCUCUGGUGAAAGUCAGUGAAAGUCGCCUCUGGUGACAGCUGAUGUCGUGCAGGCCGGUAUUGACAUUUGCAUAGUGUUUGCGAUGUGUGUGAUGUGUCCGGCCAUUUCGCGUUCGUGUACGACUGUACACGCAGUUGUCAAGUCAAGAACGAUGUUGUCGUAGGGGCGAGAGAGGAUUUCACGGGCGACUCGUGCGACUUCUUCCUCGACUGUCUGUGAGGUUAUGAUCACCGCCGUCUCAACGUCAAGACCAGCAUUACCGUUAACGCUCCGGUAAUUUCCAAAAUUUCUACGGUGCGCGAACGCUCCCGCGAUGAGAACCGGUGGCAUGCUGGACGGCCGUGAGUUCGGCAAGCGUGUGCGCCGUCUCCUGGACGGCAAUUAUUCCUACCGUAAGAUCCUGCUGUUCGUCUUGAUCUGCGGCGGCCUGCUGCUGUACUUCGGUCCACCUGUCGCGCAAUGGCUUUUCUCCACCGUCAGGGAACCUAUCGAAGCAUUUGAAGAUCACUGCAUAAAUGAGAGACUAGCCAGUUUUUACUUCGAUGCGGCCGAAUAUAAUGUGAAUAUUCUUCAUAACCCACCUAAAGAGAAUGAACAUCCUUACCUGCCAUAUAUUGGAAACGGUGUUUUUGGCGUUCCCAUUUCUCCCGAAGGUUGGCUGUACAUUAAACACGGAAGAGCUCUCUUGCUGCCAGUACAAUGGCAACCAUUGAUCACUCAUCCUAUAUCUAAGGAUAUGUCCUCGUAUCGAGAAGCGACCGUCGUUCAUUUUACAAACGGAAUUGUUUACAAGUACCAGUGCCUUAGAGAGGGAUAUCAUAUAGACUCUCAAUAUUAUGCUCACAGAGGUCUCGAAGGAAUCUUAGUACAGAAUAUAAAACUGGCUAAUCCAUUUCUACUUUCCCAAGAGGUGCCGUUGAAGCCGCAGGAAUCCACUCAUUGGAGUAAUUCUCAUGUAGAACCGAUCAAGAUUCAAAUCGAUGGAUUUAAUCACGAGUACACUUUCGUGUCUGGAUUCGUACCGUUACCCAGUUCGAAUAAGAUAGUAGUGGUAUCGAUUAUUUACAAAGUGCCGCCUGAAAGGGUACAGGUGAAAGCGCGCAGUUCCAUCAAGCUCGAGUUCUUGACGAGUAUACAGUACAGCGAGCCAAUUUCAUCCGAGCAAUAUCACGUGGAACGCGAUGCGACCAAGAAAAGAGCAAUCGACUUGUUGAAGAAGGCAAUCGUGCAACAGCAACGAGGCUUGAGAGAGGAGCAUGUGAAUCUUUGGCAGAAUUAUUGGUACACGAGUCUGCGAAUAAGCGAUUCCAAAGCCGAGGGCGCCAUCAACGGCCACAAAAUCAACUCUACUAUGUAUUAUGUACUGUCCCAAGUGUCGCGGAGUACUCAGGAUGUGGAGAAGAACGUUGUCAUGAACGAGGGAUGUUAUCGAGGUCAUCAUACCUUGGAUGCUACUCGCUUGUGGAAGGAUACCACAUCCAUCGACGCUGUGAACGAGAUAGUUGAAGCAUGGUUGAUAACGUUGGAAAAGCAAGGUUGUCAUCAUCUGGUGACUGGUGGCCCCGCAGCUGUACAGCAAGCCAUCGUGUUGAGUCUCGGUGGUUUCAGAUUCAGUAAUCAACAUCUCGAGUUUAAUAUUGAUCCUCAGUAUCUUCAUCGCGAUUACUUGUUCAGACGUAUAAGUUACGGCAAUUUGACGCAUCUGAAUAUAUCUGUAACAGUCGGCGAGGAUAAUCGCGCAAUAUUAGGGGUAGCGUUAGAUAAGAGCGAUAGUGUAUAUUUCGGAUGCGACGCCGGCUGUCUGGACGCUCCAGUCCCUCUUGGCCAAACCUAUACGAAUUUCCCCGUGAAGUUGACGAAACCGUUAACAGCGAUACUCUACAUAACGUCCGAUCAUCAGCAUAUGCAAGAACUUCGCAACGCUCUGCAUGUGCACGAGGUGGACGAUGCGCCAGCGCACGACCAUCAGGUGAUGGCUCUGCACAAACACGGACAUCAGCUGGGCGGUUUGCCCACGUUGUUUUGGGUUAGCAUAUGUUUUCUGAUAAUUGUGUUCCACCUGUUUCUAUUUAAGCUAAUUCUCACCGAGUAUUAUGGUCAUCAGGAUCGGCAGCGAGUCCGAUAUAAUAAACCGUGAUAGACUGUACGUAAUUUUCCUAUUGCUGCGAUAUGUACAUAUGUAUAUUGUUGCGAUGUGUACAUAUAUAUUUUUCGAACUCACCGUGUGUUUAUCAAGGCUAAUUGUUCUUAAACGAUUCGCGAUAUGGUGUGUAUGCGCAUAUACCGGUCUUAUCGCGCAAAUCAUAUUUUUAUAUAGCGUUAACCGAGUAACUGAUAUAUACUAUUUCGCGAUUGUAAGUUAUUUUUCUAUGCGACUACAUGGCUGAAGAUCGGGGUUUUCGGGGAGUCGGGGAGUCGAGGUUUCAUUCCCGCCGCUGAAAGUGGUCAUCUAUCUACCAGUUUGUUGAUACACUCUACUUUCUAUAUAAGGUUCGUGUACAUAAAGCUUAAGAUGACGUUCACAUUUAACGCCGUGUGAUCGUGACCACGACUGAAACCGUUUAUUUUUACCAAUAUAACGUUAUUCGCGAGAUAAACCGUUCAAUAACUUUCAUAAAAAGAAAGAGAAGUGUUGUUAAUGCUGAUCAGCUGUAUUUAAUGCUGAACGCGCGACAGGAUUAUCGAGCCAGAGGAAGAGAAUCCAUUAUGAUAAUUUGUCGACAACAUUUAUUAUAGAAUAUGUUAAACGUAUAAUAAAUUAUACUACAACGUAA